AAAACUGGUCUGAAUUAUUUCCAUCGAAUUUGAUUUUCCAGAAAAGAAAAGCAGCUAUAGAAUGGAUAGUAUCCAUACAGUCAGUGUUCGGUCAGCGAAGAGAAAGACGAAACACCAGUCCCUGUUUAACUGUUCGGAUAAGCAUGCCAAGUGAUGGAAGACACAUUUAACACACGGUAUUUCUGACGUUGGUUUAUUAAAAUACAAAAAAGCACGAGUCCCUUUCCUCUUCCAGCAAUCUAACAUGUAUAUAGGCGUGUUUGAUACAAGGAGGUGCGGCUAAGAAAGAGGGGAAAAAAAGUAUGAGCAAAGUUCCACCCUCCUGGAAACAAAACUUUUUAGAGAAGCAUCGGGUUGGAUCAAACUUGAAAAGUAGAGACCGCAGGAGAAACUCGCCCCUUGGAAUUACAAGGCAAAGCGCGACCUUGACGUGCCCCUAAAAAUAAAGGAUUUUGAUUCUUGGAAUAGACUAAAUUUGGUUUGCGAUUUGGUAUGCGAGAGCUGUGUCGAAAAGUGCGAUGUACUGGAAAAGUGAACAAAUGCUCAUGUGUAGCAGAGCGGAAGACAAGAGAAAUGGCCUGAACGCACUGUCUAAUGAAACGUUCCUCGUCAUGUCUGAAGAUUGUGAAGGAGCAGCAACGGGCUCUUUUGGAAGAAGUAGGAAACCCAGGAAUGAUACUGAAUUGAGUACUCCUGAAGUUUUUGAGGACAAUUCGUGUUCCUUCUCCUCCUCCUCGCUGUCUCCUUCCUCUUCACCCCAGGCCAUGGCCUCCACUUCGCUCUUGGGGAAAACCGUUUGUACCAGCUGUGGUCUGGAGAUAGUUGACAAAUACCUUUUAAAGGUAAACGACUUGUGCUGGCACGUGCGAUGUCUGUCAUGCAGUGUCUGCAGGACAUCGUUAGGAAGGCACACAAGCUGUUACAUCAAAGAAAAAGAAGUUUUCUGUAAACUGGACUACUUCAGUAAUUUCUUUCUCGGACUCCUCUGCAGAAGAUAUGGGACACGGUGUGCUCGCUGUGGCAGACACAUACACUCCACAGACUGGGUUCGCAGAGCAAAGGGAAAUGUUUAUCACCUUGCAUGCUUCGCUUGCUUCUCCUGCAAGAGGCAGCUUUCUACUGGAGAGGAGUUUGCCUUGGUCGAAGAAAAAGUUCUGUGUAGAAUACACUAUGACUGCAUGCUGGACAACCUAAAAAGAGCUGUGGAAAACGGAAAUGGUGUAAAUGUAGAAGGAGCAUUGCUGACAGAACAGGAAGUUAACCAACCUAAACCAGCUAAGAGAGCUCGCACCAGCUUCACAGCAGAUCAGCUUCAGGUGAUGCAAGCACAGUUUGCUCAGGAUAACAAUCCAGAUGCACAAACCCUUCAGAAACUCGCAGAAAGGACAGGCCUCAGCAGACGAGUCAUUCAGGUUUGGUUUCAGAAUUGUAGAGCACGCCAUAAGAAACAUGUUUGUCCCAACCAUUCAUCCACUGCCCCAGUGUCCUCCAUCCAACCCUCUCGUCUUUCACCACCAAUGCUGGAGGAAAUGCAAUAUUCAGCAUAUGUGCCUCAAGAUGGGCCAAUGCUAACAGCUUUACACUCCUACAUGGAUGCUCAUUCGCCUUCGCCUUUGGUCUUUCAACCCUUGCUACCACCUGCAAUGACACAGCUACCAAUCAGUCAUGCCUGAUUUCCCUUUGUGUUCAGCAGCGAGGAGUUGCUGUCUAUUCAGGUUGAUACUCAAAGAAGCGCAUUGAUCUUAUAGUAGUAUGUUAUACUAACAUAUGCCAACAACUUUAUUUUUAUUUUUUAUGAAGCUCUACUGUUGGCAAUUGGCAUCAUUGGUCUGAUAACAAAGAUUGAUCAGUGUGCUAAAACGAAGGUUGUUGUAACACACCAUUUUGUUUGUGGUUUAACUCAUGCUGUGUAUUUUUUGUUAAUUUAUUUGUUGUAUUGACUGAGCACUUUGUUAAAAAAAAAUAAAAUAAAAAAAAAAAAUCAAUAAAUGAAUUAAGUGUGGGAAUGUUUACAAUUCUAUGUGUGGUUGUAGUCUCAAUUUUUGCUCUCCAGAGCUGAAAUCCUAAUAUAAUUAAUGGAAAUUUGGGCAAUAUGUCUUUUUUGCAAUUAAUGUGUUGUCAAGCAAGAAAAACAAUCAAUAAAUGUUUCAAUUCUGUAAA